AUGCCCCAUCCGUCAUCGAUCGAAGCCUAUCACCUUAAGCUGACCGGAUCUCUUCAAAGCUAUCUGGAACAGCUCAUUUCAGAUAGCCGUGAGCUUCGCACUCAAAGAGCAAUUGCGGGCAGUAAUGAUACGCGGGACCCGUCCAUGACCCACGAUAAUCUCCCUGCAGAGGAGAUUGAGUCGAGCGUCCAGAAUCCUCUUAUACGCAAUCGAGCAUGGUUUUUCUCACACGAUGCAUCUGCACUCCCCAGAUAUGUCAGCGAGGCAUCUUCCAUCACGUUCGCUAUCCGCCUGUGCCAGUCUUUGCGAGGCGAUGAUGUCUCCCCCUUGACCCUUCCACCCAUGCGACAAGUGGAUGACUCAAGCCUGAUCUCUCUCCUACAUGCGGAAACUCAAUGGCCGCCACUGGCUCAAGCGCACCUGCUGGUGAAAACUGCACUUCGGCACACCAGUCCGCUCUUUCACCUGGCCCUUCGAAAGGACACCUUGGAUCAACUCCAGGACAGCUAUCAUAGAACAGCAUUGGACGACACGGCUUUUGGCUGUAAAUACUUUGCUCUCUUCGCCCUCGGCGAGGUUUAUUCAACCCCAUUCUUGGUAUCAAAAGAUGGUCCAGUGCCAGGGUUAUCCUACUACAUGCGUGCUAUGAGUCUCAUCGCGCUGUUCCCGGAAAACCCAAGUAUAUUUCAUAUCGAAGGGCUCUUAGCGUUGGCCCUAUACAGCCAGUUUCUGAAUCGAGGGCAAACCGCCUUUUCACUGGUGGGCCAAGCGCUGCGGGCUGCCUUGGGAUGUGGUUUGAACCACAGCCUCCCAGCGGAUCAAUCGGUGGAUGCCUUGCGUCGGGAACACCGCGUGCGUAUAUGGUGGACCAUUUUUAUUUUUGACCGUUUUUGGAGCUGUAAACUCGGCCUGCCGGCCCAAACACACGACGAAGACAUCCACGUUGAGAUGCCCUCCAAUCUAGCCCUGGAAACAUAUCAAGAGCAAUUCGCCGACAGUUCUUAUCAGAGAGCCGCUAUUGGCCUCGCGCGGAUCUCGGGAGAUAUCAUUCAAAAUAUCUAUAGCCGAAGCUCCCAUUUGGGAAGCUUUCUCAGCCGGGAGAGAAAACUGCUGAUUAAACUGAAGCAAUGGGUGCGGGAUCUUCCUGACCAGGUCCGACUUCGCUCGGAAAGUCCCAGUCCCAAACACGUCAUCCUGAUUCACCUACAGUUCAAUUAUUGCCUCGUCCUUGCCACCCGGCCGGUGCUCUUACAUGUUCUGAUACUUGUUUCGAAAGCCGACGCCAGCACUGCGGUUACAAAUUCACCCGUUCUGAUCACCUUGGGAGAGGCGUGCAUUCGGGCUGCAAGACACAGUCUAGAUCUCUGUCUCGAUGAAUGGACAGACGGCUCUUCCUCUAUAUAUGGCUACGCUUUUCCCCACUAUGUCUUCACAUCAGGUCUGAUCCUCAUCAUAUCGAGCCUGGUUCCAUUUGGAAAGACAAGUGACUUUACAUACGUGGAAACCGUGACAGAGAUGUUGAGAACCCUCCGGAUCAAAGGGAGCCUCGUGGCGACCGAUCUGUUCGAGCACCUUCAGCUUAUUCGACGAGAUUUGGAGGGCGGAUGUUUUGCAACAGAUUCAUCGUCAACCGGAAACUCCCACACUCUGCAGUCAGAGCUACCUGUUUCCUUAAACAGUGGGCUGGAUUCCACUUUGUCGGAUCAGUUCGAUCCUGAUGGCGCGUUUUCUGAGAAUGAACCCCACAUGACGACGGAGAUGGCGCUGCACGAGCCUUUGAUGCAGGAAUUCUUGGCGUUCCCCGAUCGAUAUACAGGCUUGCUGAAUGGCCUAGAUACUAUAUCUGCUGGGAAUCCCGAUGGGUCCGUGUGGCCAGCUCUCCAACUGGAUGAGAGGUCCCCUAGUUCCAAUCAAUAG